AUCUAAGGCUUAUCAUUACACUAGCUACACCACAACUAUGUGCUCUAAAAUCACUACUAUCUUUAGUCUGUUGUUAGUAUUUUGUAGUGUGAGCUAUGUGAGCCCCCUCAAGAUUUUAGGGGUGUUUCCCUAUGCGGCUCCUAGUCAUUUCUUUUUGGAAAGUUCACUCCUAAAAGGUAUCGCAGAAGCUGGACAUGAUAUUACUAUGAUUACAGUUUUCGAAGAUAAGAAGCCCCCCAAGAAGGGGACACUUCGGCCGCUUGUGUUACCGGAAGUACGACAAUUGCAAUUCGAUAUGUUCGCAAAUAUAUCAAAACUCAGCGAUGCAGACAAUAUUUCAGCAAAAAGUCCUUUUGGUAUGCUCCCCGUUUUCAAUUGGAUUGGUUUAACUGUAACAGAAGCAUUAUUAUCCCAUCCUACAGUACAAGCGUUGAUAAAGUCAGACGAGAGGUUUGAUGUUAUGAUAACCACGCAAUAUGCAGUAGAAGCAACAAAAGCUUUAGCUGCCCAUUUUGGCGCUCAUUUAGUCCUUUUUAAUGAUAUGGCUGCAGCUUGCACGGUAAACCACUUUGUAGGUAACUCAGGUUUACCUUCGUUGAAUCCUGAACUAGUAUUUGACUAUCCAUAAUUGAUGAGUUUUAAACAGAGAUUGACUAACACUUUGUACACGAUGGCCUCCUAUGUGAACCAUAAUUUGAUACAAUAUCCACCUCAAGCUAAGUUAGUAAAAAAAUACAUAUCAAAAGAUAUCGACUUAACCAAAGUUCAAUAUGACGUUGCAUUGGUACUCUCAAAUUCACAUCCUAGUUACAACAAUCCAGCUGCAUCGGUUCCAAACAUGAAAGAAAUAGCAGGGUACCACAUCAAGGAACCUAAACCAUUGCCAGCCGAUCUUAAAAAGUAUUUGGAUGAAUCCAAGAACGGAGUCAUUUAUUUUAGUAUGGGUUCUAACAUUAUGAGUAAUAGUUUGCCUAAAGAAAAAAGAGAGAGCAUCAUGAAAGCUUUGUCUAAACGAAAAGAAAACAUUUUGUGGAAAUUUGAAGAUAACAACUUGCCAGGAAAACCUAAGAAUGUGAGAAUUGAAAAAUGGUUGCCGCAGACGGAUUUAUUAGCUCAUCCAAAUAUUAAACUAUUCAUUAACCACGGAGGAUUAUUGAGCAUUAUCGAAAGUAUUUACCACGGAAUAACAACUAUAUCUAUACCUCUAGUUAACGAUCAACAAUCCAAUGCCAGACAAGCUGAAAGAAAUGGCCAUUGUAUUGUUGUAGACUAUCAUACACUUACAGAAGAAGAACUUUCGGCUGCUAUAGAGGAAGCUCUUUCUAAUCCAAAAUAUCGCGAAAAUGCAAAAAGCCGCUCUAAAGUCUUCCACGAUAGACAAGUAAAACCCUUGGACGAAGCAGUUUACUGGGUAGAAUACGUUGCAAGACAUAAUGGUGCUAAACAUCUCAGAGUUGGAUAUGUGGAUUUAGCCUGGUACCAAUAUUACCUACUGGACGUGUUUGGACUUAUAUUCGGAACUAUAUUCUUGGCUUUGUAUGUAAUAAAGAGGACACUUUGUUUUCUGUACUGUUUUGUUUUUCGAGGGAACGCUAAGAAAGUUAAAACGCAAUAAAAUUGUUGUACAAUAAUUUAUUAAUAAAAGUUUUUUUUUUUAA